ACCCAAGCUUGGAAGGCUCAAUAUUGCCGGGCCAUCAUCACUGUAGUAGUUAUCGGCGCAGCUUUGGGGAACGGCAUGGAGGCCUUUUCUUACUUUUUAUUCCCUGACGGUUUUUACUAUUGGAUCGGAGUGUUCGUAGUCGGCUACCUCGGUUACAGUGGGCUUUCUAGCUUGAUUGGUGCCGUCCGAGUGUGGUUGCUGGACAACUCGGCGAUACUGGAGCCGUACCUGAACACUUGGGCAGUUGUCACAGGAGCUACAGAUGGAAUUGGAAAGGCUUAUGCAGAAGCGUUAGCAAAAAAAGGAAUGAAAGUGGUUCUUAUCAGCAGAUCUCAAGAAAAACUGGAUAAGACUGCCAGUGAAAUAGAGGACAAAUUCAAAGUGGAAACAAAAACAAUUGCUGCUGACUUUGAAAACCGAGAAACUAUUUACAACAAAAUAAAAGCAGGCUUGGAAGGCCUUGACAUUGGUAUCUUAGUAAACAACGUGGGCGCUUCAUAUGAUUAUCCUGAAUAUUUCCUUGAGAUUCCAGAUUUAGACAGACAAAUUGACAGGAUCAUAAAUGUUAAUGCCCUAUCUAUGUGCAAGAUGACACAAUUGGUGCUUCCUCACAUGGUAGAAAAGUCCAAGGGAAUCAUAAUUAAUAUCACUUCUAUGAGUGCAUGUGCAGCAAUUCCAUUUGUAACUCUUUAUUCAGCAAGCAAGUGUUUUGGAGACUUCUUUUCUCAAGCCCUCAGCUUGGAAUACAAAGAAAAAGGUGUCCUCGUGCAGACUGUUCAACCAUAUUUUGUCAUGACAAAAAUGUCUAAACUUCGUAGAGCAAACAUAUAUAGACCCACUCCUGAACAAUUUGUAAAAUAUUCCCUCAAUACACUUGGUCAGGAAACAGUAACUUGUGGAUAUCCAUCUCAUGCUUUUGUGAAAUGGUUUGCAGCAAAUUUCAUGCCUGCUUGGUAUAUCAAAAAAAGCAUCAGAGAUACUUCCUUAAAAUCAAGAGCUUACUAUUUAAAGAAACUAAAGGAAAACUAAGCUACAUUAUAUACUACACUGGAACCAUUCAAUUAAGAUGUUUUGUGUUAUAUAAUUAUUAAACAAUAUUUUCAAUUAAUAGUUUUACUGAAGUGCAUUAGUAGUGUUUCAGAUAUGUUCAUUUUCAUUUCAGUUGAAAUAUAACAAUUUGGAAUUUGUAACCACUACCAAUAAUAAUGUCAUAUUACUUCUGUAUUUUAAACUAAAAAUCUCUUGCUAUUUCCUCAAUUUUGACAUUUCAAGAAAUAUCCUUUAUUGAAAUUGAGAUUGUAAAAAUUACAAGAUUGGCAAACUGUAGGAUCUAUCUCGUUAACAUGAUUGUGAAUGUUCAUUAUCUGAUAGCUUCAGGCAUCACAAUUCUUUAUUUCUUACAAAGCUUAAGAAUUACAGCUAAAUAUAACGCUGGCACUAACUUCAUAUGUUCACAAUGUUUGUUUUUUAUUAAUCACAGUACUGUAAGUAAAAUUGUACUUUGUGUGAACUGUCAUAUAAAAUGUUGAAAAAUAUUUGCAACAGGAGACAGAUUUUAAUUACCUGGAUCUUCUCUUAAUAUAAAUGUUGGUUGGGACCAGGAAGUGCUUGUAAGAUUUCAUCUCUAUAAUGAGGUGGGGCAGCUCUUUGAGUGAUAUGAGAUGUAUUAUAGAAGGCUACAACACAAAGGAUAAUGAGAGAAAGAAGAUAAGCAUCUCUGGACAGCCUGUCUUCUUGCAUAGUAAUUCUUGCCUCCAGAAGUAAAAGAAGUCAUUCCAAAUAUUGAGAAUACAUUUAACAAGGAUUUCUUAUUCCUUCAUUGUAACUUAUUGAAAUGAAAAAUUGCCUUCUUAAGACUUGUCAUUUUAUCUAUCUUUACAUUAAAAUUAAGAUUUGGAUUUUUAUUUCCUUAAAUCUUAUUAUUUGUACCUUUGGAACAAAUAAAAUGAAAA